ACAUGUCUGUAAUUGUCUUUUGAUGCAUAGUCGAAAUUGUAAUAAUUGCAGUAUUUGAAAAGGAGAGCUAACAUUUCAGGUGUAGGCAGCCAAAGAGAUGGAUAUUGAUGAACAGCUACGAGCUCAGAGCAAAGUGCUUUUGCAGCGUUUGAAGGCAAGACAAGGCAAACUUCAGAAUGUAGUCAACUACCAAUCUGAUGAAGACACUAAUUUAAAGGGAAAAAUCACACAUAAAAAUAUCAAAAACAUCAAUACAGAAAAGUCUGGAGGAAAGAAAUGUUCCUCGAGGGAAGCAGAGUUAGAUGUCUCCACAAUUGUAGAAAAGAGAACAAUUAAUGAACAACCUCGAGCUCGACAGCAGCUCGCUAGAGCCAGGCAAAAUAGCAGAAAAAAGUCAAAUGGGGAAAAAACAAACAAAUUAUGUAAUGGUGUGCUUACAGACUCAAAUAAUCUCAAUACCCAAAACCGAAAACAAGAUGUUGGUGACAAAGAAUUAGAUCUUAAAGAGAGUGAAAACAGUCUCACUGCUCCAAAAGUAGUUGAUGCUGAUGACAGGCUAUGUAAACAGUUGUCAAAUUUGAGAUCAGAGGUUGACAGGUCGUGUGAUGCUGACAGAGAUACAGAAGUGAAGAUACGCAGGAAAAUAAUCGACAAAAAUGUAAAAGUUGAUUCAAAGUUUAAUGACAGUGAGUUAUGUAGGGAGGAUGAUGAAUCAAGAUUAAAUUUUAGUUACUCCAAAUUUGAUGAAAGUGAUAUCAACUACCUGAGAUCAAAGUUUGGUGACCACCCAGAAGAUACUGAUAUAGGUAAAGUAGAGUCUAACAACAAUGCUGCUGACCAUGAAAGGAUGUUACAGUCAGCUGGGAAUGACAGGAAGGUGGCCAACUUCAUCAGAGACACCAUGAGCAAACCAAAAUCAAUUCUCCUGACAACUGGACCAAAGGAUCUGAAAAGGUCCCUCAAUAAAGUGAGCUUUCUUUCAUCACGGGAUGGAAGUGUGAGCGUGCCUGAUAUGGAUCGCCAUCUUCUUGGUUAUGACUGGAUUGCAGCUUUGCUUGACAAUGACCGUGGAGCGAUGGACCAUUCCGAAGACUACUUUGAGGAACUGAGAGAGUUCCGACGUAUAAACAGGGAUGAAUGUGUUAACAACUUUUACAUGGAUGGUGUUGAUGAUCUAUUAGCCAGCAGAGACCGUGAACCAUCUCCUGUAGCUGAGGCCUUGGAGGAAACGAAGGUGAAGCCAUACACUGUUAACGACCGACUGUUUACUGAGCCACUGAAGCAGGGGGUAUUCAACUACUCAGACAGCGAGGAUAAAGAAACGAAGAAAAGUAAACCCCCUACAUUUGAGGAGCCCAGAUUUGUCAGGGUGAGCAUUCCAAGGUCUACCUUGUUGUCUCCUCACCGGGUUAAACCGCAUCGCAGAAAGAGUAUUGAUGACACAGAUUCAUUUUCUUUAUCGAGGCAUUGUGUGAAAGGCUAUGAGAAUGCUGUGCCAUCCAUGGUGCCGGCUGCCUCCAAUGUAGGCCUGCGAGAUGCUACGCAUGGUACUAAAUCCAUGAUACAAACGACAUUGGCUGAUGCUGAGAAAGUUGCAGCUAGUUUUCCAUAUCCUUGGACAUCGUCUGCCCCGGAUAGAAUCCGCCAGCCUCGUUCUGACCAUGCUGACCUAUAUAAGUCUUACCAGGAUAUGACCUUGCCCUCACGUCUUCAGGCCAGCACAGCAGGAGCAGGGGAGGAAUCAGUGGCUCUUAAGCAGGCAACAGAAGACUUGCUUAACUCAACCUACUCACUUAUGUUUGAGAUGGAAAAGAUCAAGAAACAGCGAGACAUACACAGCACACGCCACAUAGGAAAUGUGGCAUAGUAGUCCCUAUUGUGUAGAGCUGCGUCUGAUUUCUGGUGGUUUUACUGUGAUAUGUCAAGGACAGUGGACUUCCUCUAAACUUCAAACUCCUAAAAUUAUCGGCCGUGAAAGAUAUGACAAAAGUAAUACCUUUUCACUCUUUGGGACUAUUGGAGCCAGUAUUGAGAGUUGCACUUGGUGUUUCAUACAUGGAGUCCUUCUAUACAGCUUGAAUAGAAACCCUGACAAUUUCUCUGGUCUCUUUGAAUUUCUGUUUCAAAAGGUUAUAAAGAUGACUUCAAUACUAACUGAUUAAUAUUGAAUCUCAUUUCAUAGUCAGUGAUAUUCAGUAAAUACAGUGAUAAUUUCUAUGUUUUGCUAGAUUGAUUUUUUGAAAAUGAUUUAAUAUAAAAGGAUGAAAAUUGAAAUUUUGAUUUACGUAAUACUUACAGAAGAAAAUAAAAUGUUAAAAACUGAACAAAAUGCUACUCAAAGUGCACUGUAUUACAGCCAAUGCCGAAUUCAAGAUUAUAACUUUGUACUGUUCAUAACAAUUUGCGAAAAAGAGAAAACUUUUGAUAACAUAUUAUUCAUGCAGCCAGUUUAUGAUCAAGAUGUGCAUUAUUACAAAACUGCAUCUAGUGUACAAGACAAGAGUAAUCACAAUCCUUCUGCUUAGUUGAGACUUCACAUUUCCUAUUGAUUUUUCUCUCAACGUCUACCUUGUCCUCAAAAUUGUGUUGCAUUUUAAACUCUCCAGAAGUUUUUGUAAGAUCAACGUUCUAAGUUGUUUGUAUAUUGUUAACUUAAUAACAAAACCAUUUUCAGUUGGUAAUGGUAAACUUGUCUUUGAUAUGGUGUCUGUGAUAAAAAUGUGCGUAGUAAUUUAAUGUUUACAUAUUAUGUACAGUCAAUUUGAUAAUUUAUUAAUUUUUUAAACCAUAAUGUAUUUUGAAAUUAAUAUAUUGGGGUUUUUGUAUAAAAUAUAGUAAUGCCACUUGAACAUGCCAGGUAGAUUCUAUAUACCGAGCAAGUAAGAUGCACAUACAUACAUAUGUAUUUUAUAUUUUAAAUAUUAGGAAAAGGUCAUGUCCUACAAAAUACCUACCAGUUUAAAACAUUCCAUUGAUAGUAUUGGCCUAUACGUUUAUAUACAGUGUAUCACGAUUGUGAAAAUCAGUAGAAUAAAGAACACGGUUAUCUUAAGUAUGCCUCAUAGUGUAGAGAUUGUUAUUUAAUUUUGAAAUAAAAUAUAAAAUGAAUACUGCAUGUAUAGUGGGUUUUUUUAAUCCCUUAGGUACAUUUAUAGUAUAUUAAAAGCUUAUCAUUCAGCAAAAGCCAAGU